AACAAAACAUAUUUAUUCAGAAGUCUAUUUCUCUUGUUAGAUAUACUACCAAAAAAAAAAAACAAUAAAUCAAGAAAUGGUGUUGACAGAGGCUGAGAUUGAAGCCGAAUUGAACCGUAUUAUGGAAGCACCAGAAGUAGAUGAAGAGAAAGUGAAGGAUUUGGAGAAGAGAAUGAUGGAGGUGGUUGAAAAAAACAAAGGAGGUAUAGAUCCCAAGUACACGAAGACGAUUGAGUAUCUAAAGAUGGAUAAGCGACUCAAAUCUAUGAUCAAAACUAGAGGAAGUACUUCUAUUGUGAAGAAGAAGAACUCUUCCUCCUCAUCUCAUUAGAUAUAUGAGAAUAUGAGAUCAUCAAUUCAUCAUCAGAUCAUAUUCAUGCACUUACUAAUCUCUUACGUUAAAUCUAUUAUUGAAUAAUUUGGAGUUUGUUUGUACUCCAAAAUGUAGUUUACCUUAAUUCUCUUGGUAAAUGAAUUCUCAUAAUUAAUUAUUUAGUUUUUCUUUUUUAAUACUAUUUAAUAUUUUUCCU